GGCAUUAAUAGGCUUCCGAAACCAUAUUUAUGGCCUCCAUGGAAAUAACAGUAGAGCAUUCAGACACCCUUGAAAACCGUGUGUUUUCAUUCAAAGCCAAGGUCACCGAUGAGAUGAGGGGUUGGAACCAAUUCGAGACCAUCUACGAGGAAGAACGCGAGUUCUCUUCAACCUCCUCUCCCUCUCUUUCACCAUCCUCCUCCUCUUCUCCUCCUCCAUCACUCCACUCCAUAGUCAAUGCUUGGUCUCUUGACUCCGGCUGUGAACCAGAUGUCUUGAUAUGUGUUCAAGGAACCUCUUUUCGUCUGCACAAGGCUCGUCUGAUAUCAAGAAGUUCAUACCUCAAACGGUAUCUAACGGGAGUUUCUAACCUAACUCUCUCCCCGCCGUUAAACAUAACGGCCGAGACUUUCGCUGCGGUGGCUGAAUUCUGUUACAGCCGCAGAGUCCACUUAACGCCGAGUAACGUUGCCACCGUUAGAGUGGCGGCGGAGUUAUUGGGCAUGACGGGAGAAGAGAAUCUCCGUGAAGUAACCGAAUCGUAUUUUGAGAGAGUCGUUGGCAUUGACGCGUCGAUGGUUCUGCGCUCGUGCGUGGCUCUGCUCCCCGAAUCCGAAACGACGGCGUCGCUUGCCAGCAGGUGUAUUGAAGCGCUGGUUUGGGAAGACGACGUUUCGUGUUUAAACGACGUCGUAGGUAUGCACCCUCAGGAUUUUCAAACGGUAUCGUAUUCACUGAACAGAAGGUUACACAACCACGACGUUCUAUACAAGAUGGUUGAUCUUUAUCUCAAGGAAAACAAGUACGGUAAACUAACAGAGGAACAGAAAUCGGAGAUAUGCAACAGCAUAGACUGUUCUAGGCUCUCGUCUCACACUCUCGUUGACUGUGUUCAAAACCCACGAAUGCCGCUCAGAUUCAUAGUGAGAGCGAUACUCAUGGAGCAUCUCAACACUCGCCGCUCCGUCACUGCGGCGGCCAGGGCCCCGGCCACCACCGGUGCACAACAACAACCAGAACGAACGUCCCUAAGAGAAAUUCUGCAGCGUGACACGGCUGAUCGCGAAACGACACAGAUCAAAGAGACCAUGGAUUCCACCUACUCUCGUAUUCAAAGCCUCGAGAGAGAACUUAGGGGCAUGAAGAAGAUCCUUCAUGAACAUCACCAAGCGGAGGAUGACACAAGGAAUAAUAAUAAUGUGUUGAACUCAGAGCGUUUCGCAAGUUUCCAUUUUGUUCCAGCAGAUGCAGAGAGCAGUAAAAUACAGAGGGGAGGAAGAGGGUCUGUUUCGUCUUCGGGUUUUGUGCUUGACAACGUAAGGAGGAAAAAUAAGGAAGUGGCCGGGGGGAUGUGCAAUUUGUCUGUGGGAUCAUCAUGUCAUGACGAUAGCAAGACCCCAAAGAUGACCAAGUUUCUUCGCCAUAGUAAGCUCAUAACUGGUCUCAAGCAUGCAUUUCGGAUAUCAAAGUCUACGUCAAACACUACUGAAGAAACUUAGUUACAAAGGUUGCUCCAAGGCGUAUAUGUCAUGUUUCAUGAAAGGCUGUAUAUAGGAGUACUAAUGUUGUCGUUGAUGUAGUAAUAUUUUACGCAAUUUUUUUUUUUCAUUUUUUCGCAAGAUUGUCUUGGGCCAUUGGCCAAACUGCCAAAGCCAGUUGCUAUUUUUCGUUAAUGUCGUUUUGAAAUAUUAUUUGAACCUAACAAUUAAUUUCAUGCGUUAAUUCGUUGAAGUA